CAAUGAACAGUGAGUGAGAUUGGCGGGCAGAGAGCUUACUAGAUUGAUGAUCAUCCUGCCAAUCAGAGCCUGCUCGGGUUUUACCCACCGAGAAAGCGGGCACUGUCGGUAAAUAACGCUCCUUUUUCAAGAAUAGGGCACUGCGCGCUCUUUCCAUUCUUCCUAUCAUGGACCGAAUCACAGCGGCGAACGAAGUCGCCUUCAAGAUCGGCUUCUCCGGCCACGGUGGGCACCUCCGUCUCGAGCCUCUCCCUCCUGUUGAUCGCUCCAAUUCUCUCAAGUCCCUCCCCGAUUUUAUCCUCCCUCCGGCAUUCCAGCCGGAAACACCAGAAAGUGUGAAGAAGUAUUUGGAGGAGAGAUACCUUCUCCCUGAAUUGGAUCAAGACGAGUUCUCGGCGGAAAAAUCUGGAAAGUUAUGGGAUUUUGAUUGGUUUGACAAAGCAAAGGUGCACGCUGAGCCGUCGUUGCCUCGAUAUGUAGUCGCCCCAACCUGGGAGUUGCCCUUCAGGCGUUCCAAGAACACAACAUCUGCUGGAAUAUGGCAUCCUACUUCCGUUGAGGUAGAGUUGGCAGAAUUGCUUGAGGGCGCUCAAGACUCGGGAACUCUACCACGUGUGCCUGGACCAGCAAAGGAUUUUGUAAGAGGCAGUUUGAACAAUCGUCCUUUUCGCCCUGGAGGUUUGGAUGGAUCCCAGCCCACGGUGAGGAUUCUUCCUGAGGGUGCUCAAACUGGUGAUUGGGUACAUGAGAUUAUUACCGGUGGUGUGGCCCAAAAUGUGCCUCCUAGUUUUAAGAAAGGACUGGAAUUAGGUUAUCUUAAGGAAUACCCAAAGGACUGGAAGUUAACCCAUGGAGGGGCCUCUACAGUUCAAAGCACACCAGAGCAAAACCUGGAUGGGUUCUCUGUGCAAUUUGAUGAUUUAUUCAGAAAAGCUUGGGAAGACGAUGUCACUGAGGAGUUAGGAACUGAUGGUCCAGAGUUAUCCGUAGAUCCAGAGUUAUCCCUGCCAGAGGUUCUUCAAGAGGAGAGUGAUGACAAGAGUGCUACUUCUGAUGCUAAAUCCUCAGCUCUGGAUGAGAUACUCUUGACUGAUUUGGGAAUGGAGAAGAGGAGUCAAAGCGGGCCAAGUAGCAAUAACAAACAUCGGGAUGCAGGGGCCUGGGCUGUUGCUGGUGGAAAUGUAGAAAUUGCAAACCGUUUUCAUGAGCUUGUACCAGAGAUGGCACUUGAGUUUCCUUUUGAGUUGGAUACAUUCCAGAAGGAGGCUAUAUAUUAUCUCGAGCAGGGGGAAUCUGUCUUUGUUGCAGCGCAUACUUCAGCUGGUAAAACAGUUGUUGCGGAAUAUGCGAUUGCUUUAGCAUCAAAGCAUUGUACUCGAGCUGUCUAUACUGCUCCAAUCAAGACCAUCAGCAAUCAGAAAUAUAGGGAUUUUUGUGGGAAAUUUGAUGUGGGCCUACUUACUGGUGAUGUUAGUUUGAAGCCUGAGGCAUCUUGCCUCAUUAUGACAACGGAAAUUUUAAGGUCAAUGCUUUAUAGAGGUGCUGACAUCAUCCGUGACAUAGAAUGGGUUGUAUUUGAUGAAGUUCACUACGUAAAUGAUGUUGAAAGAGGUGUUGUCUGGGAAGAAGUUAUAAUCAUGCUCCCUAAGCAUGUCAAUGUUGUCCUCCUUUCGGCGACGGUCCCAAAUACCAUUGAAUUUGCAGACUGGAUUGGACGGACUAAGCAAAAGAAAAUUCGUGUUACUGGGACGUCAAAGAGACCUGUUCCUUUGGAGCACUGCUUAUUUUAUUCUGGAGAAUUGUACAAAGUAUGCGAGCAGGAGCUUUUUGUGCCUCAGGGAUGGAGAGGUGCUAAAGAUGCUUAUAAGAGAAAAAAUGCAAGUAAGGCUGGAGGCAGUUCUGGAGCAAAUGUAGGCGCUGCAGCACCACAUGGCACAACUCAAAAUAGGCAACGAGAAUUUUCAAAUAAAGGAAAAGCUCAGAAGCACUCUGGACCUCAAGCCACAAGCAAUCAAACAGGAACUGGUGGAGCACAGCAAAAUAAUUGGGUUUCAAGGAGACAAGAGUCCACUUUAUGGUUGUUGCUGGUGAACAGGCUACAGAAGAAAUCCCUUCUACCGGUGGUUAUUUUCUGCUUUUCAAAGAAUCGCUGUGACAAAUCAGCUGAUAACAUGUCUGGGACUGAUCUAACUACCAAUUCUGAGAAAAGUGAGAUUCGAGUUUUCUGUGACAAGGCUUUUUCACGCCUUAAGGGGUCUGACAGGGACCUUCCGCAGGUUGUCAGAGUUCAGAACUUACUGCGUAGGGGGAUAGGUGUGCACCAUGCUGGCCUGCUUCCUAUUGUGAAGGAAGUUGUUGAAAUGCUUUUUUGUCGUGGUGUUAUUAAGGUGUUAUUCUCCACUGAGACUUUCGCUAUGGGUGUCAACGCACCGGCAAGAACAGUUGUCUUUGAUACUUUGAGGAAGUUUGAUGGCAAAGAGUUCAGAAGAUUGCUUCCAGGGGAAUAUAUUCAAAUGGCAGGGCGUGCUGGAAGGAGAGGACUGGAUAAUAUUGGUACUGUCAUUGUUAUGUGUCGUGAUGAAAUUCCAGAGGAGAGUGAUUUAAAGCAGGUCAUAGUGGGAAAACCAACUCGGCUUGAAUCUCAGUUCAGAUUGACUUACAACAUGAUUUUGCAUCUGCUCCGUGUUGAGGAGUUGAAAGUGGAGGACAUGCUGAAGAGAAGUUUUGCUGAAUUUCAUGCUCAAAAGAACUUGCCAGAGAAAGAGAGGCUUCUUAUGCUGAAGCUAGCCCAGCGUGCGAAAAGUAUAGAAUGUAUAAAAGGUGAACCAGCUAUUGAGGAGUACCUUGACAUGGCAACAGAAGCUGAGGCACUUAGACAGCAUGUAUCUGAGGCGGUAAUGCAAUCUCACACUGCCCAACAAUUUCUUUUGCCUGGAAGAGUGGUGGUUGUCAGAUCGCAAUCAGCUGAUGAUAACUUACUAGGAGUUGUCCUGAAAUCACCUUCCUCUACCUUUAAACAAUAUAUUGUUCUAGUGGUAACUACUGAUGCAGUAUCAUCUAUGCAAGCUUCAUCAGUUUCUCUAAAUAAACAAGGGAAUGAGUCUGGUAAUUUUCCACAAGGUUAUGUGCUAGUUCCAAAAGGAAAGCGUGGGAUGGAUGAAGAGUAUUUUACACCCAUCAAUUCUCGUAAAGGAUCAGGCAUUGUAAAUAUAAAGUUGCCAUAUUAUGGAAGUGCUUCUGGUGUGAAUUAUGGAGUUAUAGGCAUAGAAGCUAAGGAUUUUUUAAGUAUCUGCAAUUGCAAAAUUAAGAUUGAUCAAGUCCGACUUCUAGAGGAUCCCAGCGAUGUGGCUUACUCAAAAACCGUUCAGCAGCUAUUGGAACAGAAAGCUGCAGGAAGUAAAUUUCCUCCUGUGCUUGAUGCAGUUAAAGAUCUCAAGCUCAAAGAGGUUGUUCUUGUGGAGAAGUACCGUAAAUAUAACAGUAUUUUGCAAAGGAUGUCUGAAAACAAAUGUCAUGGAUGCAUGAAAUUGAAAGAGCAUACUGCCUUACAAAUGGAACAAAGGAAGCACAUGGAAGAAGUUAAUGCACUCAAGUUUCAAAUGUCAGAUGAAGCACUUCAGCAAAUGCCAGACUUUCAGGGCCGAAUUGACGUGCUGAAGGAAAUUCAUUGUAUUGAUUCAGAUCUUGUUGUUCAAAUUAAGGGGCGUGUGGCCUGUGAGAUGAACUCAGGGGAAGAGUUGAUUUGCACAGAGUGUUUGUUUGACAACCAAUUAGAUGACUUAGAACCUGAAGAAGCUGUCGCUCUGAUGUCUGCAUUUGUUUUUCAGCAGAAGAACACCUCAGAGCCAUCUCUUACUCCUAAACUUGCUCAUGCAAAGAAGAGAUUGUAUGAGACUGCAAUCAGACUUGGAGAACUGCAAGCCCGACUUAAAGUAGCUGUAGAUCCUGAGGAAUAUGCCAAAGAAAAUCUCAAAUUUGGCCUUGUUGAAGUAGUUUAUGAAUGGGCCAAGGGCACUCCUUUUGCAGAAAUUUGUGAAUUAACUGAUGUUCCAGAAGGACUAAUUGUGAGAACUAUAGUCCGUCUGGAUGAAACCUGCCGCGAGUUCAAAAAUGCAGCUUCAAUCAUGGGCAAUUCUGCACUUAAUAAAAAGAUGGAAGCUGCUUCCAAUGCUAUCAAAAGGGACAUUGUUUUUGCAGCUAGUUUGUACGUCACUGGAAUGUGAUCCCCUGACAACUCUAUUUUGAGCAACCUGAUUCCGUUUAAGUGGAUGACUAAUUUGAAAGCUUCUUUUUUUGGAGCCAGCUAACAGCCAUAUAUAGUUAGUUGAUUUUGUUUGUCCAACACGGUGUGUUAUAUCCCAAGAUGUAAAGUAGUAAGCCACUUUGUGAUUCCUCAGACAAUGUCUUUAUCAUGUAAGAAAUAUCCCUUUAUAUCCCUUUCUUUGCUUUCUAUGUGAAGUUGACACAGAUGGGAUCCAUAUCAGUACUCC